AUCACUAACUAGAAGAAUUGAAAAGGUGGACAAGUCCUAUUUUCAAGAGAAGAUGACUUUUAACAGUUUUGAAGGAUCUAAAACUUGUGUACCUGCAGACAUCAAUAAGGAAGAAGAAUUUGUAGAAGGGUUUAAUAGAUUAAAAACUUUUGCUAAUUUUCCAAGUGGUAGUCCUGUUUCAGCAUCAACACUGGCACGAGCAGGGUUUCUUUAUACUGGUGAAGGAGAUACCGUACGGUGCUUUAGUUGUCAUGCAGUUGUAGAUAGAUGGCAAUAUGGAGACUCAGCAGUUGGAAGACACAGGAAAGUAUCCCCAAAUUGCAGAUUUAUCAACGGCUUUUAUCUUGAAAAUAGUGCCACGCAGUCUACAAAUUCUGGUAUCCAGAAUGGUCAGUACAAAGUUGAAAACUAUCUGGGAAGCAGAAAUCAUUUUGCCUUAGACAGGCCAUCUGAGACACAUGCAGACUAUCUUUUGAGAACUGGGCAGGUUGUAGAUAUAUCAGACACCGUAUACCCGAGGAACCCUGCCAUGUAUAGUGAAGAAGCUAGAUUAAAGUCCUUUCAGAACUGGCCACACUAUGCUCACCUAACCCCAAGAGAGUUAGCAAGUGCUGGACUCUACUACACAGGUAUUGGUGACCAAGUGCAGUGCUUUUGUUGUGGUGGAAAACUGAAAAAUUGGGAACCUUGUGAUCGUGCCUGGUCAGAACACAGGCGACACUUUCCUAAUUGCUUGUUUGUUUUGGGCCGGAAUCUUAAUAUUCGAAGUGAAUCUCGUGCUGUGAGUUCUGAUAGGAAUUUCCCAAAUUCAACAAAUCUUCCAAGAAAUCCAUCCAUGGCAGAUUAUGAAGCACGGAUCUUUACUUUUGGGACAUGGAUAUACUCAGUUAACAAGGAGCAGCUUGCAAGAGCUGGAUUUUAUGCUUUAGGUGAAGGUGAUAAAGUAAAGUGCUUUCACUGUGGAGGAGGGCUAACUGAUUGGAAGCCCAGUGAAGACCCUUGGGAACAACAUGCUAAAUGGUAUCCAGG